UAGUUACGCGCCGGAUGUGGACUUGCAGAGUGAGCCCCAGAAGUCGCGGACGCUGUUGGGCUUGAGGCCUGGCUGAAGUUUGGUCGGGAGGUCUGCAGCUUUGGGAGGCGGCCGUUGCCAUGACGGCCCAGGGGAGCCUGGUGGCCAACCGAGGCCGGCGCUUCAAGUGGGCGAUUGAGCUGAGCGGACCUGGAGGAGGCAGCAGGAGCCGAAGUGACCGGGGCGGUGGCCAGGGAGACUCGCUGUACCCAGUUGGUUACUUGGACAAGCAAGUGCCUGAUACCAGCGUGCAAGAGACAGACCGGAUCCUAGUGGAGAAGCGCUGCUGGGACAUUGCCUUGGGUCCCCUGAAACAGAUUCCCAUGAACCUCUUCAUCAUGUACAUGGCAGGCAAUACUAUCUCCAUCUUCCCUACUAUGAUGGUGUGUAUGAUGGCUUGGCGACCCAUUCAAGCACUUAUGGCCAUUUCAGCCACUUUCAAGAUGCUAGAAAGUUCAAGCCAGAAGUUUCUUCAGGGUUUGGUGUAUCUCAUUGGGAACCUUAUGGGUUUGGCAUUGGCUGUUUAUAAGUGCCAGUCAAUGGGACUCUUGCCUACGCAUGCAUCAGAUUGGUUAGCCUUCAUUGAGCCCCCUGAGAGGAUGGAGUUCAGUGGAGGAGGACUGCUUUUGUGAACCUGAGAAAGAAGCACGUGGUGCCUAUGUAUCUGGAGCUCAUUUACAGCCGCCUUCAUGCCCAGUGGCUCCUCCUCAGCAUACCAACCUUUAACAUUAUCACUCACUGAAAAGGACCAAAAGGUCUCUUUUCUCCAUGGUGAAGAGACAAAUCCUAGAAAGACAAUGUACAUAUCACUACAAACACAAAAAAACUAUACCACAACUCUUGACUGAAAAUAAGGUAGAAAACUUUAUUUAUGUUUCCAGUGGAGAGCAAAACAACAAAUGAAACCAUAACUCUGUAAACAAAAGAGUGGUUGCUGAUAAAUCAAGAGCUACAGCAGCAUCUCCUUUUAAUAAAUUAAAUGGUUGAGAACAGUGCUUUAAAAAAAAGUUGCACAAGUUUCCCUUAAAUCUAUCCUCCUUAAUAUAUUUCACUUCUAUUUAACACAAGCUGGGACAUAAAAAUUCUGUUGGAGAUACUAGAGAAAUGUGAGAAACUAAUGCUGAAUUCAGAUUAUACAUGAUGAAAAGAAAAAUAAACCAGACCAAAACACAUAAAA